AUGAGUCUUAUACUAGAUGAUAUCAUCCUCUCACUAACGAAUGCUAACGAACGAACGCCACCACAGGCCCUUAAAACCACUUUAAGCCUGCUAUACGAAAAAUCAAAACAAUAUGGUCUUUCUUCGCCGCAACUACAAGCACUUGUAAGGUUACUCUGUGAAACUUCCAUAAUAGACACAGUUACAAAAGUGUACAUCGUCGAAAAUUGCUUUUUACCUGAUGGCUACUUGACGAAGGAACUUCUUUUGGAGAUUAUUAACCAUCUCGGUACGCCAACGGUAUUCUCUAGAUAUCGCAUACAAACGCCUCCGGUCCUACAAUCUGCGUUGUGCAAAUGGUUAGUGCAUGUUUAUUUCCUAUUUCCUGUACAUUCAGAACGAGAACACAAUAUAUCCAGUUCUAUCUGGUUACAUUUAUGGCAAUUCUCGUUCUUACAGAAGUGGAUAACUCCCCUGGUUAUUUGGCAAGCCACGACGCCCGUUGAUGUCAAACCUUGGAAGUUGUCUAUUAUCAAGAGAUGCGCUAUGCAUCCAGGUUACCGGGACGCUCCCGGUAGUGCGACGCUUAUUUUGCAACGAUUUCAAUGUCUCGUGGGCGCAUCCAGUCAGAUUACUGAAUCAAUAAUUACCAUCAAUUGCAAUAGAAAGACUUUGAAAAGUCAUCGAAACUUAAAAUUGGAUGCGCAUUUCCUAUCCAUUUUGAAAAGAAUAUUAUCCAGAGCACAUCCCGCUAAUUUUCCCGCUGACACUGUCCAAAACACAAUUGACAUGUACUUGAGUGAAAUUCAUCAAUUAGGUGCUGAUUCUAUAUACCCACUUCGACUUCAAUCACUUCCAGAAUAUGUUCCCUCUGACAGUACGGUCUCUCUUUGGGAUGUCACUUCAUUGGAACAAUUAGCUCAAAACUGGCCACAAUUGCAUAUUCCCAAUGAUGUAGAUUACAUGAUGAAGCCAUCUUUAAACAGCAAUGUUUUACUGCCGCGAAAAGUCAUGUCUAGGGAUUCUCUCAAACACUUGUACUCUAGUAUCAUUCUCAUUAAAAAUAGCCGCGAUGAGUCGUCAUCACCAUACGAAUGGUGCAUUUGGCAAUUGAAGCGAUGCUUUGCACAUCAGAUAGAGACUCCGCAAGAAGUUAUUCCCAUUAUUAUUUCGGUGUCCUCAAUGGAUAAUAAACUGUCUUCUCGCAUUAUUCAAACGUUUUGUAAUUUGAAAUACUUAAAACUCGAUGAGCUUACGUUGAAAAAGGUUUGUGGCGGAAUCUUGCCAUUAUGGAAGCCUGAACUAAUCAGUGGUACAAGGGAAUUUUUCGUUAAGUUUAUGGCCAGUAUUUUUAUGUGGAGUACACGAGAUGGUCACGACAAUAAUUGCACAUUUUCUGAAACUUGUUUUUACGUUUUACAAAUGAUUACAAACUGGGUUUUAGAUGAUAAAUUGAUAGCACUCGGGUUGACACUACUGCAUGACAUGCAAAGCCUGCUAACUUUGGACAAAAUCUUUAACAAUGCUACUUCAAACAGAUUUUCUACGAUGGCUUUCAUCAGCUCGUUAGAUAUUUUAACUCAACUGUCGAAACAAACGAAGUCGGAUUAUGCGAUCCAAUAUUUGAUUGUGGGCCCUGACAUCAUGAAUAAAGUGUUCAGUUCGGACGAUCCUUUGCUAUUAUCAGCUGCGUGCAGGUACUUGGUUGCUACGAAAAAUAAAUUGAUGCAAUACCCGUCAACAAACAAAUUCGUUCGGAUGCAGAACCAAUAUAUCAUGGAUUUGACAAAUUAUCUUUACAGGAAUAAAGUUCUGUCAUCCAAAAGUUUGUUUGGAGUCUCACCAGAUUUCUUUAAGCAGAUUUUGGAGAAUCUUUAUAUCCCAACUGCAGACUUCAAGAACGCUAAAUUUUUCACGAUAACUGGUAUACCAGCGCUAUCCUACAUAUGUAUUAUUAUUCUAAGACGACUGGAAACGGCCGAAAAUACCAAAAUAAAAUUCACCAGUGGGAUCAUAAAUGAAGAGACGUUUAACAAUUUCUUUCGAGUUCAUCAUGAUGAGAUUGGCCAGCAUGGUUGGAUAAAGGGCGUUAAUAACAUUCACGACUUGAGAGUAAAGAUUUUAAUGCAUUUGAGUAACACUGCUAAUCCAUAUAGAGACAUUGCAGCAUUCUUGUUUACAUAUUUGAAGAGUCUCUCAAAGUAUAGCGUUCAAAAUUCUUAG